AUGGACUACUGGCAAUCUAAAAUAAUUGAAGUUGCUAUGCAAUUUUGGUUUCCUAUAAUAAAAGGAGAACCAACAAUUUUUUGCGAUAAACAAUAUUCGGAAUUACUUCUUGAUAUUAAUAUAUAUGAUGGUAAAAUAAAAAAUUUAGAACAAAUAAGUAAAUUUUAAACGAGGAUUGAGAAAUAUGAAAUAGAAGAAAGAAAUUCUUUAUUUCUUAAAUUCUUUAAAGAAAUUCUUUAAUUCUUAAAUUCUUUAAAUUCUUUAAAGAUCUUCAAGAACCUAUGAAAAAGGUUAAAGAUCACGAUCACUUAACAGGAAAAUAUCGAGGAGCAGCUUAUUCAAUAUGUAAUUUAAAUUAUAAGGUUCCUAGAUUUAUUCCAGUAUUUUUCCACAAAAUAUCUGGUUAUGAUGCACAUUUAUUCAUAAAAGAAUUAGGUAUUAAUAAAGAUAAUAUAAAAACAAUUGCAAUAAGUGAAGAUAUCAAAAAAUAUAUGAUAUGAGAAAAUAGAUCCAAUUAUUAAAGACCCUGUUUUAAAUCAGAAAGGAAAACCUACUUUUAAAACAGUUAAAAUAAGAUUUCUUAAUUCUUUCAAGUUCUUAUCUAGUUCUUUAGAAAAUUAAAUAAUAUUUUAAAAUAAAAUCAAUUUAAAGAAUUAUCUAAACAUUAUCCUGAACAAUUGGAUUUAGUAAAAUUAGAAUUAGAACUAUUCAGAGAUAUUGAUAUGUAUUUAAUGUUUGAACAAGGAAUAAGAGAAGGAUUAUCUCAAUGUAGUAUUAGAUAUUCUAAAGCAAGUAAUAAAUAUUUUGGAGAAAAAAGAAAAGAAAAAACAUCAACGAAAUAUCUCUUAGAUUUGGAUAUAAAUAUUCUCUAUGGAUGGGUGAUGUGUAAAUAUUUACCAUAUAAAGGAUUUAAAUGGUGUAAUCCUGAUUCGUUUAAUAACGGAAAAAUGUUAAGAAUGAAAGAACCAGAAAUAGGGCUAUAUUUUCGAAGUAGAUUUAAAAUAUCCUGAAGAGAGCUUCAUGUUCUUUCUUAUUAUCCACUGGCUCCCAAAAAUGUAUUUGAUAAUAAAGAAUUAUCAAAAUUAACAACAACUCUAUAUGAUAAAAAAUAUAUUUUACGUUAUAUUAAUCUUGGGCUUUAUUUAAGUUAAGGUUUAAAAAUAGAGAAAAUAUAUAAGGUAAUAAAAUUUGAUGAAAAAGAUUGGUUAAAACCAUAUAUAGAAUUUAACACAAUUCUUCGUGGAAAAACAUAUAAUGAAUUUGAAAAAGAUUAUUAUAAGUUAAUGAAUAACAGUGUAUUUAGUAGGACUAUGAUGAACACAAGGAAUCAUAAAGAUAUAAAAUUAAUUAAUGAAAAUUAAUUAAUUAAUUGAUGAAAAAAAAAUAGAAGAAUGGGUUGCUUAACCAAAUUUUGAUCGAUCAACUAUUUUUACAGAAAACAUAGUAGCUGUACAUAUGAAAAGAACUAUGGUUAAAUUAAAACAACCAAUUUAUUUAGAAAUGUGUAUUUUGGAUUUAUCUAAAACUCGAAUGUACGAUUUUUAUUAUAACGUAUUGAAAAAAAUAUCAGAUUAUUAUACACAGGCACAGAUUCUUUAAUAGUAGAAAUUACAACUGAUGAUUUUUAUACAGAUAUAAAAAACAAUAAACAACUUUUAAAUGAAUUUGAUUUUUUACAUUUUCCUGAAAAUAAUAAAUAUGAAUACCCCAAAUAAAUAAAAAAGUUCCAGGUAAAUUUAAAGACGAUCUUAAUGGUCAAAUAAUGACUGAAUUUGUUGGGUUAAGAUCUAAAUUAUAUACAUUUAAAGUAUUUGAAAAUAAAAUGGAUAGGAAUAUUAUACUAAAUAUUUUUAAAACCAGGCCUACACUGAAUUUUUAUCCUGGACAUGUGUCUGUUGAGAACCAUGAAUUAUUUCCAAAAGAAAACUAUUUUAAAAAACCAAACCGUCAAUUUAAACGAUAAUCAAUUUAUCAUUAUUACAGUGUUAUCAUAAAAAUGUAACAAUUAUUUUUGCUAUGAUAAAAAUGCCCCUACUGCUUAUCAACCAUAGAUAUUUUAUUAUCUGCUACAAAGCCGCUGUACCCUUGAUAAACUUGUGUUUGUAACUUAUUCAUUGAAUGUGUAAUUGUAAUCGAUGAGCGUGUGUUAGCUAACAUUUGGCUAUCGAAAUAUAAAUAAAAUGGUAAGUUUAUCUUUGUUUUAAUUUACACAAGACAUUUUCUAUCGUUAUUUUAUGUUAUGUAAUAAAAUUAAGUACAAUUUACCUAUUUGAUUACAUUUGUUUAAUACAAUAUUUCAACCGAUAAGGCUGAGUUGCACAAACACGUUCCGUUAUGAACAAACGUACGUGUAUUAUUUAGAGUUAAAACCGAAUGAGUGAACGGAAUUUAUAUCAGACACAGUUUGAAACUUGAAUUCAUUGUAUAUUUUUUUCCUGUCAGUAUCAUUGUCAAAUUUUGUAUAGUUUACGGGAGGCUAUCAAAAUUCCUCAAAUCAAAAUACCGACAGUGUCAAAAUUCUGAUAAAAUUAAAAUCCUGAGAGACAAUAUCACGCAAAAUUUCGUGGAUAUGAUUUAUCGCGUUUUACAUUUUGACUGUAAUAUACUUGAUGAAUUUUUAAUUCGAAAUAUACUGUAUAAUAUACUUAUUACAAUACUACAGGCAACACAUUCAUUAAUUAAUUAAUUUUUUAUUUAUACAUAUAAAUUUGUUAUUUAUAUAUUUAUUUACCAUAUUAAUUAAUGAUUUUUAAAAAGUUACUAGUAAACUAAUUUUUUUUUAAAAAAAAAACCUGAAUUGUAAUUCUGUGAUUAACUAUUUAAUAAAUUAAUUAGAAUUGUCAUAAUGUGUAAAGAGUUAAAUAAAUAUAAAAAAACAUAUAAAUAAUAGAAAACAAAAAUGUAUUAUACAAAUUCAUUUAUAUAAUAGGAAUCAAACUUGAAGGAUCAAUCCGAGAAGAACUUCACUGGUUUUACUACCAGUGACAUAGAAAAGAGUGAAAAAAAAUUGAUGAGUGAGUUCAUUUUUUUGUGAUUCAUAUUAUACAAUUAUUUUUGGUUCUAAUUACAUGUAAUAUAAUUUAUACUUGUUUUACAAAUAAAAAUUAAAUAGGUUUAAAUAGGUUUAGAGAAUUCACAUUUUUUGACAACACAAUCUAAAAAACAGUAGCAAGUUUUUUUUUAUAAUUAUCCAAUAUUUUUUUAUAUUGUAAUUUUUAUGAUUAAUUUAUAAUUUGAUUUUUUUUAUCAAUUUAUAGCAUUGUACACUGAAAUUAAUGUUAGAGUGGGAUUUAUGCAUGGGCAGAGUGGAGGAUCAAAAGAGCCAGAAGUUUCUAAUAAUUUUGCACAGGUAACAUAAUUCUUAACCAUAUUAUUUAAAAAUGUAGUAAAUAUUUUUUGUAUUAAGUGUCUCGAUAGACUGUUAAAAUAUUAUACCAUUAUUGAAUAUAAUGUUUGAGGAAGCAUUGAAUACAAAAUAUCAAAAUAUCAUAUAACUUUAAACAUUAAUUAAUAUAAUAACAAUAACAGUGGAUCUACUGAUUAAAAAUAGAAUAAUAAAAUAUUUGAUAUUAAUAGUAAACCAAUUGAAGAAUCAGAAAAAAAUUGACUGGGUAAUAGGUAUUUAAAUUUAUAAAAAUAUUAAAUACUAUCUGUAAAUUUAUGUGUUUAUUUAAUAAAUUACACUAAUAAUUCUAAUAUUAUAAUUAGCACUUUAUUUCAAUAAUUUAUAAUACACAAUAUUAAUGUCUGGUGACCUACACACCACUUGUGUGCUGACAAAUAACUAACUUAACCUAAUAAUAUAAUACAACAUAAUCUAGUGUGAUUCUUAUUACACAUUAAAGCUUAUCAUACAUAUCACUUCUUAUCAUUACAUCCUCCUUUUUUUAAUUUGUUCCUUAUAAACAAUUCAAUACAUAACAAAACAUUUGUUUAUAUUAAUAAUAAUAAUAAUUAUAAUGAAAUUUUAAGUUUAAUAUAAUACAUAUUAUACAAAAUUAAAUUAAUUUUGUUUACAUUAUAAGUCUUAAUUAAUAAUGUAUAAAUAUUACACUAGAUGACUUAUACUUAGACUUUUAUAAUUAUUAACAUAUAAAUACUACUAAAUGACACUACCUUUUAAAAUCAAUGAAUUUUUCAGGUAUUUCAUCCUUCUUUUAGAGCUGGUGCAUUUCUCUAUCUAUUAUAUUUUUUUCUACCUCAUCUUUUUCCUCAUUUUUAUUUUUUAAUUUUGGUGUUUUGUGUAAUAGUCUCCUAUUUUUCCCAAUCUCUACCUUUAUCUAAUUUUACUAUUUAUAACCUUCUGUCCUUUACUUUAUAUUUUAUAUUCCUUUACCAGGAGUAAUACAAAACUCCUGGUUUCCACUGAUUUUCGUUUCUGUGUUUUUGGAGAUAAACCUUAUUCCCCUUUUUAUUAAACUCUUUAGUGUUUCUAUUAAAAUAAUUUUUUGUUUAUUUUGUAGUUCUAUUUAAUUUUCUCUGAUUCCUGCAUAUUUCCCUUUUUCUUCUUCUAAAGAUAACAACCCAUUUAUUUUCAUACACAUUUAUAUCUCUGCAGAAGAUACUAAAUCUCUACUUAUUGGUGUAUUUCUAUAUUCUAGUAGUGCUAGAUAUAUUUCUAUUAUCCUCAUCUGCCUUGAUUAACAUUUUUGCCACUCUUUAAAUAUGCCUCUCUACCAUUCCAUUUGAUUAUGCAUUAGUAGGACUCUAUGUGUAUACUAUGUGUUCUAUAUUUCACUCUUUUAUAAAGUUUGAAACUCUUCUGAUCUAUAUUGAGUUCCCUUAUUAAAUGUAAUGAUUUCAGGUAUACCAUAUCUUGCAAAAUUACUUUUAAUUUCGUUAAUUGUGAUCAAGCUAGUUAAUUUUGGAGUCAUUACAAAUUCUAUGAAUUUAGAAAAAUAAUACACUAAAAUUACAUAAUUUUUUCUUUGAAAAUGAAAUCGGUUCCUAUCACCUGCCAUGAUUUAUCUGAUACUUGAGAAGACUCUAGCUGCUCUACUGUGUUUUCUUUUCUAUAUUUUAAACAAAUUUGACACUUAUUUCCAACUUCUUCUAUGUUCUAAUUUAUUUCUAUCCAAUAUAAAUAAGUUCUUGCUCUAUAACUGCACUUCUCAAUUCCCAUAUGAUUGAAAUAUAUCCUUUCUAACAUUUUAUUUCUUAAAUUUUCUGGUACAAUUAUCCUAUUUGAUUUUUAUAAUAUGCUUUCAUGUGCUGUUAUUAAUUCUUUAGAAUCCCAAUACUUUUUAGUUUCUUCAUAUAAUAUUCUAAUAGUUUUCUUUUUUCUGGCCAAUCAUCAAUGAUGCGAUUUUUUUAACAUGUUUAGUUCUUUAUCUGACUUUGUAGCCAACCUAAAUUGUUUAAGUUUAUUUUCACUUAUUGAUGUAUACUUAUUCAAUUCCUCAAUUGUUAUUUCAAAUUCUCUUUUCUCCUAUUCAUCAAAUAUACUAUCACCUUUUGUAUUUAUUCUACUUAAUGUAUCAGCUAUUGAUAAUUCUUUACCAGGAUUGAAUUUACUAUUCAUUCAUAGUGCUAUAGUUUUAUUAAAAUCCUUUGUAAUCUCAAAAAAUAAAAUAUUCUGAUAUUCUUUUUGUCUGUUUUCCCCCAUUAUAAACAUAUAUUUAUAUUAUAGAAAUCAAACUCAAAAGAUCAUUCAAAGGAGGAUUUCACUGGUUUUACUACCGGUGACAUAGAAAAAAGUGAAAAAAAAUUGAUGAGUGAGUUCAUUUUUUUAUGAUUCAUAUUAUACAAUUAUUUAUGGUUCUAAUUACAUGUGAUAUAAUUUAUACUUGUUUUAUAAAUAAAAAAAAUAGGUUUUAGGACUCGUUUAGAGAAUUUACAUGAUUUGAUAACACAAUCAUCUAAACAAAAUAGUAAGUUUUUUUUAUAACUAUUCAAUUUUUUUAUAUAUUGCAGUUUCUAUGAUUAUUUUAUAAUUUAUUUGUAUCAAUUUAUAGCGUCUUACUCUCAAAAUAAUAUUCAAAUAGGAGCCUGGAAUUCAUUAAAUUUAUAUUUAUCUUCAAUGAAGCAUGUUUUCACAUAUUUACAUACGAAAGACCUUGUAUCUGCAUCUAAAGUGUGUAAUAUUUGGAAAUGUUGUGCAUUGGAUAAUUAUGUAGUAAGAAUGUUUGUAAUAGUUAUUCUUAGCAUUAGGAUUGAAAUCUCCUAAACAAAUUUAUUUAAAACCUUAAAAAUAUUAAUUAAAUAAUUAAAAUUAUGUUGUCUUAAAAAAAAUUAAAUAAAACAUAAUAUCUUAAUUAUUGAUGUACCCAUGUACCCAACUGAAAAUGAUCUCUUGUCAUUUAAAGAGAAGAUAAAUAUUGACUAAUUGUAUUAAAUAAUUUAAUAGCAUGACUUUAUUGGUGAACUAUUUAUAUUUAAUACUAUAUUAUACUAGUCUGAUUUUUCUUUUUUUUUUUUUUCAUAUACUUCUUAGUAAAAACAUAUUGGCAGAAAUUUCCAUAACCGUUUUUCAAAAAAACAUUUUUUAUAAUCUAGUGUGUAUUUAAUCACUUGUGUUUAGCAAUCCAUUAAUAACAAAAAUUACAGAUGUAUUUAAAUCUGACUCUUAAAUUUCAAAUAAUUAUAGUAUAUUUUAAUAAUAGACUUUUUGUUUUAGACAUAGUAAAUAAAUAUAUAAACAAAAAAUAUGUAUACAGAAAUAAAUAAAUGAAUAAAUGCGUGGCUUGGAGUAUUAUGAUUAGUAUAUUAUACAACCGUAUUAUACAAUUAAAAAUUCAUUAUUCGAUGUAUCACAGUCAAAAUGUAAAACGCGUUUGAAUAUAAAAAAGAUGUCCUAGGAUAAUGGGGACGGGUGCAGCCCUUGUCAUGGGUAAUUUAAUAUAUACCUGUAAGCAACGAUAUAAACUAUUACUUACGAAAAAAACGAUUCUGAGCUGAGUUCAGUUGAUAGUGAUACUUUUUCAACAAUAUAUAUACCAAAUUAUAGUAAAAUAAUAAAAUAGGCUCUAUAUAUUUUCUUCAAUAAUAUUUGUUUAAUGUUAAUUAAUUUUCCCGAUUUUUCCAGUUUUUCACAUUUGGAGAAAAUUCCAGGGAAAAUGGAAAAACGACCUCUCUAAAGUACAUUCCCUGUGGAAUUUUUUUCAGAGACAUGAACUGUCAUAAAAAGUUUGAGCAAAAUUUCUGGUAAAAAAGUUGUCCAUAGAGAAAAAAUUGUAAUAUUAUAUUUCGUAAAUUUCCGGUUUUUGCAUUUGAUGAGAAAACUUGAGAAAAUCAAAAAAUAACCUCUAUAAGGUACUUCCCAUAAUAACUUCCUUUCAGAAAAGUUGCUAUAUAUAAAAAUCGGAGUAAGUCUUCUGGCAGAAAAAUUGUCUACAGAAAUAAAAAAUAAUAUCAUAACAUCUUUGUAAAACCAUAAGCUUUUUCGUUCCACUCAGAAUCCAAAAUUAAAUGAGGAAAUAUACAGAAGAAAAAUUAUACAAAUUAGUCAUUUUACAUAUAAAUAAUUUAUUUUAAUAGGAGAGAUUAUUUAAAAUGGGUUAUUAUUGGACAUAGACAUUAUUUUAAGGAAUAUAAAUUAUUUGGUUAUUAUUUAUUGUCUAAAAUAAAAUAUCAGAUAUAAUUUUUAAAAUCAGUUUGUACAUUUAAAAUAUUAUUAAAAUCAUAUUUUUAUUCUAUUAUGUAUAUCUAAGUCUUCUAAAACUAAAUUAAUAAAAAUUUUAUUUUAAAUAUUUAAUAUCUCUAAGUGUCAGCAUUAAUAUCAACGCUUAUAUUAUGGUUAUUUUUUAAAACAUGUUUAGUAAAAUUCGAAUUAGGAGCAGUCUUUUUAAAUUAUUAUAUAUGUAUUAUAUUUAUAUCUUAUUUUAAAAUGUCUAUUUUUUUUAAAUUUUGACUGUGAUAUACCUGAUGUCAUAUAAUACACUUAUCAUUAACACAAAUGUUGAAGCAUUGUCAACUUUUUUUUUACCUUUUCAAUUUAUUGCUAAGUAAAUUUUAAAUACGUUUCAUGUAAAUACGAAUUCAAAUCUAGAAGUUUUAAGUGCAAUGAUUUGCAAUUUUUGCAUUUUUUUUUUUCAAUUUUGUUGAAAUUUACUUCUUUACACAAGUAUUUUAGUAAUAGUUGACACUUGACAAUCCUAUAGAUAAGAUUAUACUAUAAUAUUGCCAUAAAAUCUAAUAAUGGUAUCAAAUUUUUAUUUUGAUUAUUCCAAGUUGGUAGGUAUUCAGUACAAUACAAAAAUAAUAUGUGAAAUGUGACUGUUUUGACUGUUAUAAUCUGUUCUUCAGUCACUCCUUGAAUUUUGAGUGAUCGUGUUCUGUUAUUAUUUUAUAAAUAUGCCAAAAAUUAAGCCAAUUAUUUCCACUUUUGUAUAAAAAUUGUUCGUUUUUAGUGCAAUUUAGAAAUAACUAUCAAUUUUAAAUUAAUUCUGAUUACAUAUUAAUAUGUGACAAGGCUUCCGUUGUUGUUUUAUUUCUAACGUAAAAAAAAAUUAAAUCAAGAGAAUAGUAUUUAUAAAUAUCAAAAAUUGUAUCAUAAAUGAGGAAAAUCAACAAAAUUACAAUCAAAUCGAAAUAAUGACAAAGAAUGCAAAAAUUGCCCUAAAAUGUUUUAGAUUUUAACUUGUACUUUAAUGGAACAAAUUUAAAACUUACUUAGCAAUAAUUCCGAACAAUAGAAAACAAUUUGCGAGUGCAACAACUUCCAUGCACUAUUUAUUAUUAUUAUAGAAAUAGUUUUGAUUAAUAAUUACAUUUAUUGAUUGAAUAAUUUCUAGUACUUUAUUUAUAUUGAAUUUAUUACAAUGUAGAAAUUUAUUUUAUAUAAAAUUUACUGUUUUGUGUUUAGGAAUGGAUUGAACUAUUGUAUUAUGAAAUAUCAAAAUAAUAUGUCCAACAAAUUCGCUAAAGUUCUGAACAAUAAUACAAAUAAUAUGAAAAUCGCUUUUAUGACUAAAAAUAAUUUAAUCAAACAUGUAAACAAUAAAACUAAAAACUCUAAAAAUAUCUCUCUUUUUUAAAAAAAAUGCUGGUGUAUAUAAACUUAAAUGCAAUUUAAUAAACUCUAUAUAGAUAAGAAAAAUAGAAAUGUUAAAAUAAGAUAUAAAGAACACAUUUCUGAAAUAUUAUUUUAAAAAAAUUGCCCCUAAUUCAAAUUUCGUUAAAUAUGUUUUAGAAAAUAACCAUAAUAUAAGUUUUGGUAUUAAUACAGACUUAGAGGUAUUAAAUACUCGAAAUAACAUUUACAUUAAUUCAAUUUUAGAAGAAUUACAUAAUAUGUAAUUCUUUAUUUCUUCUUUAGUCUUUAUUUCAUUGUAUAUAAUAUAUACAAUGAUACUAAAUAAAGAAAAAUUAUUUUAAUAAUAUUUUAAAUGUAAAAUUUGAUUUUAAAAAUAAUAUCUUUUAUAAAUACAUUUUAGAUAAUAAAUAAUAACCAAAUAAUUUAUAUUCAUUUACUAUAUCUAUUUAUGAGUAUUAACUAUUUUAAUAAUUUUGUUUUUGCUUUAUUUUUUUUUAUAUUUAAUUAUUUUUUUCUUCUAGUGGCAGAAUAUACGUUUGAAAAAUACUUUUGUAUGUGAUUGGGACAAAUUGAUAGACACCAUUAACAGUCGAUGUGUAAUAUCAUUAGACACAAGAGGCAUGCUGAUUCCUUCAAAUAUUUAUGAAUUCGAACGGUUUUGGUUGAAGUUUUCUUUAACGAUACACAAUGCAAAAAAAUUAAAAGCUCUAAAAUUAUAUAGAUGUCCAAUCAAUAUUGUUUGUUAUGUUAUGCAUUUCUUACAACAACUAGAAGUACUUGAAGCUUCACUAAAGUAAUACGAAGAAAGUGAUCUUUUUAUACUUUACAAAUAUAGAUAUCGAUUUAAUUCUUUAACCUUUUAGAAAUCCUUAUGUAAAAACAAAUGCCCAGAAGUUAAAUGGAUUUAUAACCAUUAACAUAGAUAAUGUGAGUCAAAUGAAAUACCUAAGAAAAUUAAAAAUAAAAUGUCCAACUGGAAUCAAACUGAUAUCAACACCAAAAUUGACAUUUGCGAACUUGACAAAUUUGAAAACAUUAGUAAGUUAACACCAUAAUUGUGUUUAACAAAUAACUCAAUUAUAAUCUUAGAAGAAGUUUAUAAUGUUUUAUAACUGUGAAUAACUAAUUGUUUGCAAUUAAAUUAAUUGCCUUUAAAAAUAUAUAAAAAUGUACACAUAAGUAUUUAAAUUAUUGUAUACUAUUUCUAUGUUUUAGUGUAUGGAAAUGAAAUUUACAAUGGUUUCCAUUUCUCCUUAAUGCUUUUAAUUUAAUUGUUUGAUUUUAUUUAUGGUAAUUUUUUUUUUUAGUCAUUAACCUCCAUACAAUCAUUUUCUAAAGAUAUUUACACAAGUUUGAGAACAGUUUCAACUGACUUGGAAGUUUUGGAGAUUGGAGACUGCGAUUGCUUAAAAGAUGAUUUUCCUAAGCUUCUAAAAAAAUUAAUCAAUUUAAAAUCAUUACGGUUGGAGAAUUGUUAUGGUAGAUGGGAAAACUAUUCAAAAGAUUACUUUGAUGCUAUUAGAUCAAUGAAAAAAUUAAAGACUUUGGAAUUAAUCAAUAUUAGUUUUAAUGAUCGUGUAGAAGAAGAAUUACAAAAAUGUAAUGGUAUAACAGCUUUACUGAUUAUUCCUUCCUAUGAAAAAGAUGUAAGUAUAAUAUUGUUUAAGUUUUUAACACAAUUAUUGAUUCCUAUUUAAAAUUAUGUAUUAUUUUAGUGUGGAAGAACCAUUCGUCACCUACUUGAUUGUCUUGAGAAACUCUCCAAUACAUUAACGCAUGUAGUUUGGGGAAUAACACACGAAUUAAUUUAUACGACCGGUUUAUUUGUGGAACAGUAUCAACAAAAUCAGCAUAAUGUUAACUACAAACCAGAUGACAAACAAAAAACAGGAUCUUCCAAACAUAUCCCAAUUUUGGAUUCAAGAAAACCAAAACCACUACCUGAAGGCUCAGAAAUUCUUAAUAUUGAUGAAGCCAAUUUAUCAAAUUGUGGAACAAAUUCAAUAGUGACUGUACUGAAACUUGAAACACUGUUGAAAGCAGCGAUGGUAAAUACAAAGACCAAAAUUAUACAAAUACGAUUUUCAGAAACUACUGGGAUAUAUAUAAGAGAACAGUUUGAUAUUCUUUAA